UACUUUUACUCCCGAUUUCUCAGGGCUACUACUUACUACUUAGCUGACCGUCGUUACGAUAUGUUGCCCGCCGUCUUGAGUGCCAAUUUAUGCUCUCUCCUUGGGAACGUGGACAGGUAUGCCCUGAGCGUUAUCUGGGAACUGGACAAGGCCUCUUACGAAAUAAAGAGAGUCCAGUACAAGAGAACCAUCAUUCGCUCUUCUUACAAACUCUUCUACGAGGCCGCCCAGGCUUUGCUAGACGAAGACCUGACUGCUGCAGCGGAAAUCCUGGAGCUCAAAGGCAUGGAGGAAAAUACCCGGAGGCAGAAGUUAGACGAGCUGAUGUGGGCCAUCAGGAAGCUAACUGACGUUGCCCGCCACCUCCGAGCCAGGCGGAGCAGCUACGGAGCCCUGGAGCUGGAAGGGGUGGAAAUCAGGGUUCAGCUGGACGACAAGAAGAACAUCGACGACCUGAUCCCCCGCCAGCCGCUGGAAGUCCACGAGACGAUAGCCGAGUGCAUGAUCCUGGCAAACCAUUGGGUGGCCAAGAAGAUUUGGGAGGUGUUCCCGCAUCAGGCGCUGCUUCGUCAGCACCCGCCACCCCGGCAGGAAUUUUUUUCCGAGGUCCGAGAAUGUGCCGGGGCAAAAGGCUUUUCGAUUGACACGCGGUCUAACAAGGCAUUAGCUGACUCUCUGGACAGAGCGGUGGACUCUUCUGACCCCCUGGUAAACCAGCUGUUGAGGUCUAUGGUCACCCAAGCCAUGUCCAACGCGGUCUAUUUUUCAACUGGAUCGUGUCCCGAGGAAGACUUCUUCCAUUACGGUCUUGCUCUAGAUAAAUACACCCACUUCACGUCGCCCAUUAGGAGGUACGCAGAUAUCAUUGUCCACAGACUCUUGUUAGCAGCCACCUCAAGAGAAGAAGACGGAGUUGGUGCAAGAGACGGCUUGCUCGGCAAUAAAGAACUUGAAGAACUAUGCAGACAUAUCAACAACAGGAACCGGGCGGCCCAGCAUGUUCAGAAACAGUCCACGGGGCUCUUCCAGUGCAUGUUCUUCAGUGACAAGAGUCCUGCAAGGGAGGAGCAGCGCUCAGCGGACGGCGUGAUCUAUUCAAUCCGAACCAACGGGGUGCUCGUCUUCGUGCCAAGGUGAGGAGGCAUCUUGGAAAGAGGGUGAGGAAAGGCCGUGGGCGUGGCAAGGCACUGGAAAGCAAGGGCAGAAUUUCAAGGAAGACGUUGUUCUGAAUCCAUUGCAGGAAAACACUUUUGUCAAGGUAAGAGUCAACAGAUGAGAGACAGCGAAGCUCAGAGACUUGGGAAGAGGUUCUGCACAGAUCCCAGGGUCAGCUAGCAAAGUUUUGCAGGCAGUGGGGCUGUUAACGGUCUUCUGAGGAGGGUCCCUGCCACACAGAUGCUGUG